CCCAGAGCGCACAGCUUCAGUGGACAGCUCCGUGGUGCUGAAAUCUCACAGACACCACACACACACACACACUCACACUCACACACACACUCACUCUCUCGCUCUCUCAUACAUGCCUGGAGCCAUGGACGGAUUCUCGAGGAAACUUUUUCUACUUUCUUGCCUGGCUGUUGCUCAGAGCUCCGCGCAAGACUUCGGACAGACCCAAUUUAUUUGCACGUCGGUGCCCAAGGAUAUGGACUUGUGCGCGGCCACGAUGCAAAACAGCGGACCGGCGGAGGACCUGAAGACCACGGUCAUGCAGCUGCGGGAGACCGUGCUACAGCAAAAGGAGACCAUUAUGAACCAAAAGGAGACAAUCAGGGAACUAACGUCAAAGUUGAGCCGAUGCGAGAGCCAGAGCCUCCCGGCGGCAGGACCCGGCGCUAGACGGCCGGGGGCGAAGAACACGAUGGGGGAUGUAUCCCGGGGCACCACGGACACUCUGGCCCAGCUGGGACAGACUUUACAAACGCUGAAACAGAGACUGGAGAAUCUGGAGCAAUACAGUCGAGGGAACAACACCGUGCAGGCGAACAGCCUGAAAGAUCUGCUCCAGAACAAGAUAGACGAUAUGGAGAAGCAGGUUCUGUCCCGGGUCAACACUAUAGAGGAGACCAAACCGGGCACCAGGAAUGACACCGAGCAGCGGAACAGAGUGGAGUCCACGCUCACCACUCUGCACCAUCGGAUCACAGACCUGGAGAAAGGUAAAGAAACCAGGCCAACAGAUAAGUUUCAGCUCACCUUCCCCCUGAGAACCAACUACAUGUACGCCAAAGCCAAGAGGAGCCUCCCCGAGAUGUACUCCUUCAGUGUGUGUUUGUGGAUCAAGUCCAACGCCUCUCCUGGGGUGGGGACACCCUUCUCCUACGCUGUACCGGGUCAGGCCAACGAGCUGGUGCUGAUCGAGUGGGGGAACAACCCUAUGGAGAUUCUCAUCAAUGACAAGGUUGCAAAGCUGCCAUUUCUUAUCAAUGACGGGAAAUGGCAUCACCUGUGCAUCACGUGGACCACCCGUGACGGGAUGUGGGAAGCCUUCCAGGAUGGAGUGAUGCGGGGAAGUGGAGAAAAUCUGGCACCGUACCACCCCAUCAAACCAGACGGAGUGCUGGUCCUGGGACAAGAGCAGGACACAUUGGGAGGAGGCUUUGAUGCCACACAAGCUUUCGUCGGUGAACUAGCAAACUUAAAUAUCUGGAAUAGGAAACUUUCUAUCGCCGAGAUCUACAACUUGGCGACCUGCAACAGCAAAGCACCGGCUGGCAAUGUCUUCUCCUGGACGGAGAGCAACAUCGAAAUAUUUGGCGGAGCGACCAAAUGGACCUUCGAGCCUUGCCGUUCGCUCAACUGAACUGCAUUUCACCGUUCCAGAAAGGCCUCUCUGUAUUUCUGAGCUUUUGUCGUUCUUGUCUUCACUUUGACGUUUGUUAGAGACUAUUUGAGUUAUUGGUAAGCUUAAAAUCUGGGAUUUCUAUCAUUCUUAUUAGGUAUUUAUGUGCAAAACAACACUUUUCAUCUUGAGGAAAAAAAAUGUAUCCAAUUCAUCUUGGAAACCUCGGUGAUAAAGUAUUGGUAUCUGUUUUUCUUUUUUUUUCUCUCGGACAUUCAGUUGAAAGCACACCUAAGCUUUUUCAUUUGGCUUAUUUCGACUUGGACUGGCAGCUGGCAAUCUGCGCCUUAUGUUUGGACAAUUCACAAUCCAAGUGAGGAAUUGCAAAACUCUCCCACCCCCUUCCCUCUGGAAAGUGGGAGAUUAUGCUGGCCAUCCAAUCCUGGUACAGCUCCCUGCAACCCCGCCCCCCUUCUCCUUCACUCUGUCCCGCCCCUCCGGAACUUGCACUGUGACUGACGAAGAGAUCGCCAGGAGAGAGAGGAGGGUACGUUGAAGGACACUGCAGAGUCAGACUGUGGUACAAGUCAAUUUGUAAUCGUUGUUCGCUUCAAGUGUUUCUGUAAGAAUGUCGUUAACUUGCCAACAUCGCUACAAAGCCUGGAUGCCUUAGGCUGGUACAAAUAUUCAGCACAUUCAGUAUGUUUUAAGUUGCAAACUCAAUGUUUAUCGUUUUUUUGUUUUGCCUUUUUCUGAGCUGAUUUUUCUUGUUUCUCUGGUAAAUGUAAUUUGAUUACAGUUUGUUAUCUGACAUGACGUGUUUUUGGCAGGUGUUUGUACUACUCUGUAUUAGGAAUGUAACAGUAUGUGUAUAGUAAUAGCAUGAAUGACAGAGUGCUGUGGAAGCAUUGUUGAAAUCUGCUUUACUAUCUUCUCUGGGUCUGGGUUUUUUACUGUAUUGUUAUAUGCUCCAAGCAUGGCAAAAACUGAGAGAUGAAGAAUUUAAUUUUUGUAAUAAAAUUGUGAUACUUAAUGUCACAGCGCGUCCCUGGCUUUGGUUAUGUGCGUCCAAACAUGUGAAGGGAGAGAGCACUGAAGGGAGGGGAGGGAAGGAGAUGCAGAGCGAGUGGGUGCAGGAGAGCAAAUCACUGAUCAGAUAUAACAUUUCUACCAUGGUCAAACGGUAAAGAGGAGAAGCUUAAUUGCCAGAUUAAAGAAAUGUCCAAAGGCAGCGAAGGACACAAGGAGGGUGCCUGAGAAAAGAAAUGGAACCGUGUCUGCAUGUUUGCGUGCACUGACUAUUUUUUAAACUGACCUCAGACGAUAACCCACUCGCUGCUUUGUUGUUGCUGCUGUGAGAUACAGUGGCGGCACUAAAGACAGCGACGCUGUCGAAAGAGGGAAACAAAAAGUGCUUUCUCAUAUGAGCAUUUCAAUGACCCGGUUGAAGUGGAGUGCAGCCUAAACUAAAACUACAGCACUUUACGCUUGGACUUUUCGUUAUCAGUCCGCUUAGACGACCUGUUGCUGUAGCGCCAAAUAUUUACAUCGAAGAGAUGUGGCUGUUGACAGUUCCUGCAUUCAAAUUAGACACUUAAUUCCUUCCUCAAGCGUCAAGUGGUGAAAGCAAAAUAAAUCAGAAUAACACUUGAUUUGUUCUUGCAGGAAGAUGUUCUCUUUGUUUUUCAACACAUAUUUUCUUCAUUAAGAAAACCGCUAGGUCCUCAACUGUUUAUCAUGUCAUGUCGUGCUGAAUAAUUGCUGCUCAUAUAUACACCACAUUUUGUCUCAUUAUCACAUUCUGUUUCAUCUAAAGAGGUUCAACUCCUCCGUGUUCUGUUUAUGAAUAAAUCCAUUGAGCCUUGA